AUGAGGCUCCUAUUCCUCGUUGCUACACUCAUUGCACUGGUGAAUGCGGACCGAACUCUUGUGCUGGUUGAGUGUCUGAGUGCUAGAGAGACUCAUUCGUCCUUCUUUCGCUCACUUCAAGAUCGUGGACAUCAACUAGUUUUUCGUACUGCGGACGAUCCUUCACUCUCUUUGAUCAAAUAUGGUGAAAGGAAUUAUGAUCACUUGAUCAUUUUCGCUCCAUCCGUAGAAGGUAAUUUUCCAUUUUUUUGUGUUGAUCAUGCGAAAUUGUACUUAUGA